AUGGAUACUGAAUACGAAUAUCCCAUCUACGGUUGGACAACGACAACAACCCAUCAUAAUGAAACUCUGGAUCUUUUCUAUCAUCGAUGGCAGACGGGACGAGAAGCCCAAGAAAUCUUUCUGGAGCAGAACACUCUUUUCCUGGAAGCAGAAGGUGGCCAGGUCCAAGUAACUGGCUUUCUGAUCACACCAGACGACGCCCAGGUGGCAGCUAGUUGGAACAGUUUGUGGGAUGAAGAGGAAGAAGACCAUAAAAGCGAGGAAGAAGAAGAUGGGAACAGUUUUUACUACUGCCCUAGUCCUGACAAAGUGUGUUCCAUGGAGUCCAGCACGUCAAUUGGACAGAUUGUUACGGGCAUUAGCUUUCAAUUUGAGGAUUUUGGAAGGGAGCUUCCAUUGGGAGGUGGGCAGAAUUAUGAAGUACAAGAAUCCACGAUGCCGAUUCCAACAACUCCUCCCUCUCACAGCAGUCCGGGCCCUUCUGGUCCCUCACACGUCCAUAACCUGGAACACCAAGAACAUACCAAUAUAGGCAAGGACAGGGUGAUGCCUACCUCACCAUGCCCAAUGCUUCGACCUAGCCCAGAUCGUAUCCUAUCUAAUCACAUAGAUCCAACAAAACAUGGCAUGCGUUGGGAGCCUAUUACAGUCAACCUCAAUGGGUGGGAGCAUGAGUUCACUGUUCUCAAGCCCUAUGCCGAUUAUACCGACGUUCCAUCUCCAAUUAUGCUGCCAGGGUCUCCACCUCAGCGUACUCCUAAACCAUCACUUUCUGGCUUCUAUAAAGUUCCUACUGUGCGAGAUCCCUUCGUCAUUGCCGAGCUCUCCAGGAAUUCUAGGGAUAAGGAGGAGCCCUCGCCUCCUGCACCACCACUACAAUUCCCCGAGCGUAUUGCAAACUCCAAGAAUAGAUGGCCAAAAGACCAACUCCGUCGGACCAACUCCGACGUCUCUGUUAUCGACCUUGGAGAUCCCUUCUGCUCGAUGAACAGGGGAAAAUCUGGUGAUCCAACAAAGAAAAGUCGGCCAGCACCUCCUGGUCGUCCCAGUUCGUCGAUGACUUUAUCUUUGGACAGGGAAGUAUCUGCAUCCGGGAUUUUGAGUGGUGUUCAGAUUCGUCAGUCUUCGUCUGCUCCUGCAUUGCUCAUGAUCAGUCCUGGAGGACCAUCAGGACUUUAUGCACGCCGUCGACUGGAGGAUGCAAUGAGCCAUCUGCUGCAGGUUCCUGUACGAAGGGAUGAAGCGGAAUUCUCGCAGGCUGCAUCGCCUGCAUCAUCGACGGGUGCCAUCUUCCAGCUUGACGAGGAGCAAUGACAUAUGGUUCCUUCCCAUUCACUCGAGUCUCAAUGAAUCAUGACUUUCUUUCAGUCGAAUAGACGGCAUUGAUACCCAGUUUUAGAAUUGCUCUUGGCUACUUCCAAAUUGAUCAGUUUUCAUUCAUGUACUCGCUUUCUUUCAUAUCGUCGUCGCAUGUAUACUAUCGCUUUUAGACAGAGUCUUUUAUCUUUUCAAGUUAUCAAAUUGCACAUUACAGUUUACAUUUAAUC